AUGAGUCGGGCAAGAGCCAUAGCAGCAUCCAUGGCACUGGAGGGGCGGCGGCGCCCCCUGCGCGUGCUGCGGGGUACAGCGGCGCUGGGUGCGGCUGUGGUUCUCACAGGUUGGCUUACCGAUGCCCUGGCCAGGACCUUCCUGCUGCCGAGAAGCAGCGCAGGAAGCGGUGCCUUGGCUGGGCAUACGCUGCAGAGAAGUUCGCCGCGGCCGCACUUCGUUCUCCGCCGCGCUGAGGGACCCGAUGCUGCAGAGGGCGUCCGAGUAGGCCUCAUCCACGUGCCGGAGUUGAAGGACAAGGCUGAGGAGAUGCGUGCGGCCCUCGAGAAGUUGAACGUGACGAAUGCCACGUACUUUCAAACAGAGGUACCAGAGGCGGAACAGGUGCCCCUGGCAGCCAAGCUCCUUGCAAUGUCCAACACGGUGGACGUGGUGGUGGCAGGGCAUGGUGACGCCCAGGAAGCAGCUCUCCCAGAGCUGCUCCGGGCCUAUCAGACCGUGGCUCUGACUACGAAUGUGCCGAUCGUUUCUUUGGGCCCGACUUUCGAUGCCGAGAAGAAAGCCGACACGGCUGUGCAAAUGGCGGAGAUUCGCCAGCAGGCCCUGAUGGGAGCUGGCAAGCGCAGCAGCAUGUUCUUCGGCAUCGGCACCAACAAGACUUCGGGUGAGCCAAGCAAGAAGGGCAAGGCAGCGACAGGAAAAUUGAUCAGUGUUGCUGCCUACAGCCGGAUGAUGGCCACGAGCAGGCGCAUCUGGGCUUCGGGUGGUGAUGAGCGGCCGCAGCCCUUCAAAGAGACAAGUUCCCAGAACGUGCAGUCCACCACGCGGACCGUCGACUUGACCAGCAUUCAGGAGAUUUGCUCGGGAGGGGAGCUCAAAGACCUCCAGGUGACGACUCCUCUGGACGAGAACUGCGUGACCCUGGUGAUGGCGGAUGACCAGUGCGUAUCCUUCAAGUUUCCAGACAAACAGGCGAGGGAGCACUUCGCUACCUGCAUGAAGGUGCUUCUGCCUCAAGUUGACAAGACAGCGCGGUUGUUUUUGUUUUUUUGGGGAUCCUGGAUUUAUUGGAUUAGCCGAUUAUCUAUAGCCCCCAGAUACCCAACCCUUAGGCUCGAAUCUGAUCACAACUUUUGUACGCCCAUCCUCAACGCCUGA